AUGACAAACUUGAAGAUCUUGAAGAGGCAAAUCUAUUCUCCUUCAAAGAAUUUCUGAAAACCAAGAACCUCAGCUUGUCCAAAGAAGAUGCAACCAACAGAAUUUAUUCAAAGGGUGAGGACACUUGAGUGGAAAUUAGAAGCAAAAAUGAUCAAGGAGGAGAGUGACUACCAUGACCUGGAGUCGGUGGUUCAGCAGGUGGAGCAGAACCUGGAGCUCAUGACAGCUCAGGUCUCCAACUUCAAACAUGAGAAUGAAACUCUGAGGUCAGGCCAGGGUGCCAGCUUAACUGUUGUGAAGCAGAACACCAACGUGGCCUUACAGAACCUCCACGUUGUCAUGAACAGCGCACAGGCUUCCAUAAAGCAGCUGGUUUCCAGAGCCGAAACGUUGAAUCUUGUUGCCGAGAUCCUUAAAUCUAUAGACAGAAUUUCUGAAAUUAAAGACAAGGAGGACAACUCCUGAGGAGCAUUGCAAUGCUCUCGGCUCAAAGCUCUGUGCAAACCCGAGGUCACUCCUGCUUCAUCUGAACAUGCAAUUGUGUCUUUAACUGUGCAGUCUUCACCCAGAGUAAAGUAUUUAUCAUGAGAUACUAAUUUCAUGACCUAGAACAGCGUUAUUGGCUGCCCACAAUGGGAGUCGCUCCUGUCUGGGAGUCCAAUGUACAACUUCCUUGCGGUCCUUGUGAAAUUCCUGCUGUUUUAUAGGUACUAAUAAUCUGUUGAAAGGAAUUUUUAUAAAAGCUAGUGAUUUUUUAAAUUGCUAAACAUAAAAGUAGCUAUUCUAUAAUAACUGUUUUUCAUUACUAUUUUAAAAAAUUGUACGUUAAGUUCAGUGGAUUGAACUUGAUAACAUAAGUAGAAAACGCUAAAUGAGCCAUCAUGGAAAUGAUCAGCUUGGGCCAGGACUUGUGCCUUCUCACCUUUACUCAGCGUCCC